GAGGACUUUACUCUUCCAUUAGCCAUUAGUCUACGCCUUGCCUUGUCUUGCUCCGCAAGAAACUCUCCUCCAAGAGCGAACCCGAGCGUGGCUGCCUCUCAACUCGGAGAUCCAUGGCGGCGGCAGGGGGAAUAGAGGUGAAGCUGAUCGGGGCAUGGCCGAGCCCGUUCGUGCUGCGUGCGAGGAUCGCGCUGAACCUGAAGGGGGUGGAGUACGAGUUCCUGCAGGAGAAGUUUGAGGAGAAGAGCGAGCUGCUUCUGAGAUCCAACCCGGUAUACAAGAAAAUCCCCGUCCUCCUCCACCACGGCAAGCCCAUCUGCGAGUCGAUGAUCAUCGUGGAGUACGUCGACGAGGCCUGGCCCGCCGCCGGCCGUGCCAUCUUGCCGGCCGACCCCUACGAGCGCGCACUCCACCGGUUCUGGGCCUCGUACGUCGAUGACAAGUUGAACCCAUCGGGGGCUGCGUUAUCGAAGGCGCAGACGGAGGAGGCCAAGGUGGAAGCAGCGGGGCAGGUGAUCGCGGGGCUGAAGCUACUAGAGGAGGCAUUCGGGAGACUGAGCAAAGGAGAAGGAUUCUUCGGAGGGGACGACAUCGGAUACGUCGACAUCGCCUUGGGGUGCUUCCUGGGGUGGCUGAAGGUGACGGAGAAGACUAGUGGUGUGAAGUUCAUCGACGAGGAGAAGAUGCCUCUGCUUGCGAGGUGGGCGGAGAGGUUCUGCGCCCACGAAGCAGUGAAGGCGGUGAUGCCGGAGCCAGAGAGGUUAGCGGAGUUCGCUAGGAAGCGUGCCGCCAGUGCCAAAACUCCUCCGGCAAACUAAAAAUCCUUUAAGAUGG